CCACAGCCUUUGCCCUUCACCGGGAGGGAUUUACAAUCCAAUCACAUCAGCAGUCACCUGCGUAUGCGCUCUGCUAGCUGCAUCCUAUUUUGGGGUCGCCUCACCGGACACGAUGUGCUGGGUUCGGCAGUCUGUCUGGAAUUGGCUCAGCGAAUUUGCUGCUCUCCUUCCUCUUACCUCCUCCUCUUGGCUUUUGCUCCUACAGCAGCAUCCUUACUACUUUGAAUGGACUAGUCCGGUGGAGUGGAACCAGCCCAUCGCAAAAUGGACUCAUUCGUACAGGGAUGAUACCUCUUCCUAUGCGUGGGGUAGAGGAAGAAGAAAAAAAGGUACCUCGGCUGGCUGACUGAACUUCAGGAACAUAAUGGUUAUGGUACCUGGAGGGGCGUCGUCCAUGGUUACAGUCCAU